AUGGCUGAUGAUGCACCAUCCGAAGACGUCAUUAUCCGUCCUCUGUCUUCAAUAAACUGUGAAUGGCUUCGCCGACCGCAAACAGGAAUAAGCGAGUUUGCAGAAACUAUUGAAAAGAAUUUGGAUUUUCUCAGCCAAAACCACCCAGCACAUGUCAAACAAAGCAAUUUUUAAACAAAACAGUGUUUAAAAAACUUGAAGCUUAAUUUUCUAAAAUUGACCUUUCGUGAGCUGCCAAAAACUCUCCUGACUUUAAUAUAUACACAAUCCGUCUCAAACUUUCAGUAAUAUAUCAUUAGUAAUGAAGCCAUGUGGUGAACCUAAAAAAAAUUUAUUCCUGAAAAAAUAAUCACUGUGUAAAGCCCUAUAUUGUUAUAUAGUUAGUGUCAAAAUUCAAUUUUUCUGUUUGCCGAUUGGUCAAAACCGUAUCACGUGCCGGUCCACAAAACCUCAUGUUAGGCAACCGGUCCGCAAUCAAACAUUUAUUGACCAGUCAAUAAUAAAAUGGGUGCAAUACACAUGCGUGUCAACCGUCAAGUUCCAAAGUUCAUUCAAUAGUUUUGCUGUUUUGAAAUAUAAAAAAAAUGUCUGCUCGGUAAUUCGAUAGUCGUUCCGAGCAGGAUAUUGCUCAGCUAUUGCAAUACAAAGAUAGUAAAUAAAAAAAACAAGUACAAAGCUGGCAAUUGACUUACUAAAACAGUAUUGUGCGGCGAAAGGACUUGCUUUCGAAGAACAAUGCCUUGAAAAGUCCAAGCUAGAUGGUCUUCUAAAGUCAUUUUAUGCAAACGUGUCUGGACAAACAUCCGAAGCGAGGAUCAGGUCAUAUUCUCGACCGCUGUCCAAAGAGAAGCAACGAGACAUACCAAAUUCUUUAAGCCAUUAUUGUGGUUUUCCGUCUCACGCUAUGAGUGAUAUUCGUUCGGUGCCAAAUCCCGAGAGUGAACCCGCAGCCAAAGUCCCUCGAUCAGUUACCGAGAGUUCUUCGUCAUCCAUUGAAAUCCCUUCACAGGAAUACCGGUCAGCACUUGAUACAGUUUUACAGUCCCCGUUGCCGUUUUCGUCUCUUCCCGGUUCGCCUGUUCUGAACAGCUACUCGCAGAAAAACAUUACGAAAAACGAGACUGUUUCAAUCCAGCCGGGAGCAUUUAAGGACUGUAAUGUAACUAUAAAUUUUAACUAUAAGUAA